UCUGCAGGCUUCACACAGAACAGCAGCGAGGCCUCAGGAGGGACCGGCCCUCUUCAUCUCCACCACACUCAGCGUCACAGCGAGACUAUGAGCGCUCACGAGCACAACAACCACUCGUUGGACUACUUAAACGGCACGCCAUGGUUCAUCCACGAUUGCACCAUAGAGCUAAACGCGGCCGGAGACUACCGCCGCAUCGGCCUCUUCCUCAUCUACCUUUUCAUCUUCGUGGUGGGCCUGCUGGAGAACGUGCUGGUUGUCUGGGUCAACUGGCGCCGACGCCACUCGGCCAAUGGCGUUCUUUUCUGCAUCAUCAACGUGAGCCUGUCGGACCUGAUGGUGAUCGUGAUCUUGCCGUUCUUCAUGAUGGAGGUGACCAUGGACAAGGUCUGGCUGUGGGGGCGCUUCCUCUGCAAGGUCACCAACCUCAUCUACGUGGUCAACUUCUACAGCAGCUCCUUCUUCCUGGCGUUUAUGACCCUGGAGCGCUACCUGUCCCUGACCCGACCCUCGUUCCCGGCCUUGUUCCCCGUGGUGGGCCAGCGCCGAUGGGUGCUCUGCGGAGGCCUGUGGGUGCUCUCCUUCUUCUUGGCUCUGAUGGAGAACAUCCAUGUGGAUCUUCUGGAGUGGGACGAGCCGGGCUGCUACAUGAUGCCUGAGUACGCCUACAUGGAGUGGUUUGUGUCCGUGGCGUUCCUUUGCUUGAUCUUCCAGUUCCUCGGGCCUGCCACCGUCAUCAUCACCUGCAACGUGCUGAUCGCUCGCGCCGUCCGAACGGCCCCUGACGUACAGAGCCAGCGGGACGUGUGGCUGGUGCACGUGUACUCCCUGGUGUUUAUCUUGUGCUGGCUGCCGUAUCACUUUGUCAUGUUCAUGCUGAUGAUCGACGACCUCAACCCCUUCAUCCUCAGCUGCAACGCCGUGGAAGUCCUCUACUUCUCGUUCAGUGUGGUGCAGAGCCUGUCACUGUUCCACUGUGUCGCCAACCCCAUCCUCUACAACUUCCUCAGCAAGAGCUUCCGCAACAACCUGAUCAACACCGUGGUGGACUUCAUCCCUAGAGAGGGAGCUGGGGGCCAGCUGGGAGCGGCGAUCGAGCCCAACGCCACCAAUGGCGGCGGGGGCGACCUGGAGAAGCAGCGCAAGUUCAGUAAUGCCAGCACCAGCCAGUCUGAUGUAGGAUCAUAAAAGAGAAGAGAAGACGUUUUUCUAAGAAAGACUCAAGAUGGACUGACAGACACCUUCCUCUCAUAGUCUGCUUCCUGUUGUCCUUUUUUUUUGUAUCUGAUCAAAGUUUUAAAUAGAGGAAGAGGGAAAAUGUUUUUUUUUAUUUUUGCCCCUUCAAAGCUGCUCAACUCCCACAGGAACUCAUGGCAACCUCUAAAAUCUCCUGGCACAGACAAAGAAUAAGCGCCACACCAGGAAUGUGUGUAAACAAACCUGCUGUCAGUCCGUCCAGUGCUAGAUAAAAGCAGAAUCCUUAUAAACAUCUUGCAAAUGUGAAAACUGUUUUUUGUUUUAAUUGCAGAUCUAACAGGUAAAUCAUAAUUCACUUCAUGAUUAUUUAUCUGUUCCUGUAGUCGUAAUAAAUACAAUGAAACUCAAUCAAACCUGGAUCAGUUUAAGCUGCAGAGUAUGUACUUUGUUAUCUCACAUUUUUAUGGACUGGAUUUGAAAAUUCUUCCAUGACUUUACAUUACAGAGUGGACUCAAGUCUGGCAAACAAUGCAGCAAAAAAGGCAUGCAGACUAAAGCUCAGACUGAUAAAAAAGAAAACAUUUUAAUUUAUUCUCAUUAAAUUAAAAAAAAUGAAGAGAGGGACAGAAUGUCGGGGAAUGAGUUAAGAAAUGUGAGUGAUAGUAAACGCAUAACUUAGUAGAGGUACGUUAAGUGACGUCAACAACUGCAGAAAAUAGUAAUUUGUGGUUAUAUUACAUGACAGUUGUCCACUGGAGAUUAACCCUCUGCACCCCAACGAACCGUUUCAGGGCGUUUUUUUUUUUUUUAGCUCUUGGAUUUUACUCUCUCUGUCCUUGUAUUUCACUGCAAUAUAUAAAAUCUAUAUAAGUCCUGCAGCUCUAUGGAAUCAACACAAUCAUGGCUAGAAGUGGGAACAACUCAGACAUGUCUUUGUGCAGAAUUACAGUUAGAAUGAAAGAAAUCAGAGUUGAAUUUCUCUAAGUUAUUAUUUUUUUCAAAUUGGAAUUUAUAUAUAGGCUACAACACUUUUCCAAGUGUCAUGUUAUUGGAAAAAAAAAUUGUGUCUCCACAUAUUGUACGAUACACUGUAUUGUCAUGUUUCCAGCCUCUCCUGUCCUCUCUUCUCUGCUCUGUGUAAACAGCCUCUCCUGUCCUGUCCUCUCCUCUCUGCUCUGUGUAAACAGAUUUUCAGUGAAUAUUUGUCACGUGACCGUUGGUCUCAGCAGAAUCAAUCAUGUCUUCAAAGUGUCUCUGAGGAGCAGAAUUUAAUGUUUUUAACAGGAUCUGGUUAGUGAAAACACUUUAUUUUAAAUGACACAUGUAGAAUAAAGAGAUUCUGACACAAAUAUCAACAUUUUAAGCUUCGUUUUGGUCAAUUCCUAACCUGUUCAAGGACUGUCGGAAAGUUCAAAUGCAGACGAUAAUGCCUGUUUUUACAGUUUUUUCUACAAUAAAUGAUGUGGGUUGGCUUUUGGGCAAUCUUUUAAAAGAAACAGGUUUCAAUCAAUUUUAUUACACACACAAUUAAAUGCCAUGGUUUUUACUAAACGUUCAAGGAAUAAACUGCAGCCCUGAUUCCAAAAACGAUCAAAUCAAAUUCAGAUGUCAGAG